AUGAAUAGACAAACACUUCAACGAUCUCAAUCAGCAAAAUAUCGAGGUCCUUCUUCAAUUACUAAUAAUUGUUUAAAUACAAAAAUUUCAUCAUCAUUACCUGAUGCAUUUAUUUCAUCAUUACGUCAAUUAUUUUCUAUAUUGGAUAAAACAAAUUGUGGUUAUAUACCUUAUAAUGUAUUUAAACGUUAUUUUGAUUGUUCAUCAUUAACAUCAGAUUUUUUAAAUCAUCUUGAAAUCGAAUCAAAUUCUAAUAAUCAUUUAAUAACAUUUAAUUCACUUAUAAAUGUUAUUGAACGAUCAUUACCAUUAACAAAUCAUUUAUCAUCAAUUCGAAUUCCAAAAAUUAUACGUCCAUUAAAUCGUUCAACAAGUUUUUUAGUUGUUUCACCUAUAGAAGAAAAAAUUGAACGACAAAUUCCAAUUAUUUAUCGAAAUUCUAAUGAAUCGGAAGAAAUUAAUUCUCAUGUAUCAAAUCCGAUAUAUUUUACAAAACAAUUACAACGAAAUAAUGAAAUUAAUUUUUCUAUGAUACGAUCUUUAAAACAAUAUGAAAUUGAACAUAAUCUUCUUGUUGAAACAUGUGAUACACUUGAUCGUGUUAAACUUUACUUAACUAAUUGUCUUUUUGAAAUGAAAGAUAAACAAAAAUCAUAUUGUCAUUAUUUAACAACAGCAGAAACAGUAGGUAUUGAAUCAGAAUCAAUGUAUAAUCGAGAUUUAGUUGCUGAUUUAUUUAAAUUAGCAAAUAUAGUUAUUCAACAAGUUAAUUAUGAUGUGAAAAAGUCAUCAGAUCGUUCAUCAUCAAAUUCAAUUUCAUCAUCAUUUAAUGGAAUAAAUAAUCAAUAUGAAAAACAAUUAAAAGCAAAAGAUGAUUAUAUUAAACAAUUAGAAAGUGAAAAACGUAUUUUACUUAAUGAGAUUAUUGAAAUGAAAUAUCAACCAGGAACAAUUAUACCAAUAAAAAUCUCCUAA